AUGGCGAAUUAUCGUUUGCGCGGUGACGUUCCCAGUGCCUACGCCAAACGAUACAGCGAGUCGGUUAAAAGACAGUGGGUUUCUGAAUCGCUGAUACCUUCACACACCACAGAACCGACGGUGUCUACUUUACCCAGGCUCGGGACGGUCCCUCUUACUGACAACGUUGUCUGGUUUGCGUUCAGGGACAUAAAUGCCGAGCCCGUCAUCGAUGAGAACAAGCUUUUGGCGGAGGGCGACUUGCUAUCGACAACGCAGGUACAAUCACGUACUUCAGUACACAGUGGCUGGGCCUCAUUCGGGGUUCAAAGAUCUGAAGCCGCCGCUAGUGUGCUCCCUGACGGUAGAGGGGGGAAAUUGGCGAAGGUUAAAGCCUGGCGUCCCGAAGAAGUUUCGCACAACACCCCCAUCAGAGCUCGAGAAGUUGCCAAAAAGGCGGACUACUUCUACGAAGAUGAUGAUGAUGAUGAAGAAGAAGAAGAAGAAGAAGAAGAAGAAGAAGAAGAUAUUGAGGGCUUUCUUUGA